UUCCUCCUGCCACGCGUGGAGUUUGGUGGUGAACAAGAGCCCAAGAACUGCAAGACGGAUACUCAGCCGCCUGGAUGCGCGUGUGCGCCGGCGGGGAAGGCAGCGCCCGCCCGCCCCCCUCGCGCGGACCUCCCGCAGGCGGGAUGUGAAGGUACCUGCGGACUGGCCGGCCCGGACUGCCUGCCCCCGGCCCCCUCCCUCCCGCCUCCCGCCCGCGGCCUCAGCUCGCCAGCAUGAGAGGCACUGAGAAAGCAACAGCCUGCAAGUGACAGCUCCAGACCGAUUCCCCCCGCGCCAGAUCUCCGAGCCGAGCUGGGAAGUUGAUUGUGCAGCCGCUUCACCGCGAAUCCCUUCCGUUGGCAGCGCUAUGUUCGCCUCUAUCUGGUAUGCCAAGAAGCUGGGUCGCAGGUUCGUGCACAACGCCAGGAAGGCGAAAUCCGAAAAGGCCAGCCCUGCUCCUAUAAUUGUCAACACAGACACUUUGGACACGAUUCCUUAUGUCAAUGGGACAGAAAUUGAAUAUGAGUUUGAAGAAAUUACAUUGGAGAGGGGAAAUUCUGGCCUGGGAUUCAGUAUUGCUGGAGGGACAGAUAAUCCCCACAUUGGAGAUGACCCUGGCAUAUUUAUUACGAAGAUUAUACCGGGAGGUGCUGCAGCAGAGGAUGGCAGACUCAGGGUCAAUGACUGUAUCUUACGGGUGAAUGAGGUGGACGUGUCAGAGGUUUCCCACAGUAAAGCGGUGGAAGCACUCAAAGAAGCAGGGUCUAUCGUUCGGCUGUACGUGCGUAGAAGACGACCCAUUUUGGAGACUGUUGUGGAAAUCAAACUGUUCAAAGGGCCUAAAGGUUUAGGCUUCAGUAUCGCAGGAGGUGUGGGAAACCAGCACAUUCCUGGAGACAAUAGCAUUUAUGUCACUAAAAUUAUUGACGGAGGAGCUGCACAGAAAGAUGGAAGAUUGCAAGUAGGGGAUAGGCUACUAAUGGUAAACAACUACAGUUUAGAAGAAGUAACACACGAGGAGGCGGUAGCAAUAUUGAAGAACACAUCAGAUGUGGUUUAUCUAAAAGUUGGCAAACCCACCACCAUUUAUAUGACUGAUCCUUAUGGCCCACCUGAUAUUACGCACUCUUAUUCUCCACCGAUGGAAAACCAUCUUCUCUCUGGCAACAAUGGCACUUUAGAAUAUAAAACCUCCCUGCCGCCCAUCUCUCCAGGAAGGUACUCACCAAUUCCAAAGCACAUGCUUGUUGAAGACGAUUAUACCAGGCCUCCGGAACCCGUUUACAGCACUGUGAACAAACUGUGUGAUAAGCCUGCUUCUCCCAGGCACUAUUCCCCUGUUGAGUGUGACAAAAGCUUCCUUCUCUCAGCUCCCUACCCCCACUACCACCUAGGCCUGCUCCCCGACUCUGAGAUGACCAGUCAUUCCCAACACAGCACUGCAACCCGCCAACCUUCAGUGACUCUCCAACGGGCCAUCUCCCUGGAAGGGGAGCCCCGCAAGGUGGUCCUGCAUAAAGGAUCCACUGGCCUGGGCUUCAACAUCGUGGGCGGAGAAGACGGAGAAGGUAUUUUUGUCUCCUUCAUUCUGGCUGGUGGACCAGCAGACCUGAGCGGGGAGCUUCAGAGAGGAGACCAGAUCCUAUCUGUGAACGGCAUUGACCUUCGUGGAGCAUCCCAUGAACAGGCUGCUGCAGCACUGAAGGGGGCUGGACAGACGGUGACGAUUAUAGCACAAUAUCAACCUGAAGAUUACGCUCGAUUUGAGGCCAAAAUCCAUGACCUACGAGAGCAGAUGAUGAACCACAGCAUGAGCUCCGGGUCCGGGUCCCUGCGAACCAAUCAGAAGCGUUCCCUCUAUGUCAGAGCCAUGUUUGACUAUGACAAAAGCAAGGACAGUGGGCUGCCAAGUCAAGGACUUAGUUUUAAAUACGGAGAUAUUCUCCACGUUAUCAACGCCUCUGAUGACGAGUGGUGGCAAGCCAGGAGGGUCACGCUGGAGGGCGACAGUGAAGAGAUGGGAGUCAUCCCCAGCAAGCGGAGGGUGGAAAGAAAGGAACGUGCCCGAUUGAAGACAGUGAAGUUUAAUGCAAAACCUGGAGUGAUUGAUUCAAAAGGGGACAUCCCCGGAUUAGGUGACGACGGUUAUGGAACAAAGACUCUGAGAGGGCAAGAAGAUUUCAUUCUCUCUUAUGAGCCUGUCACAAGGCAGGAAAUAAACUAUACCCGACCCGUGAUUAUUCUGGGCCCCAUGAAGGAUCGGAUCAACGAUGACUUGAUAUCUGAAUUCCCUGACAAAUUUGGCUCCUGUGUGCCUCAUACUACGAGGCCAAAGCGUGACUACGAGGUGGAUGGCAGAGACUACCACUUUGUCAUUUCUAGAGAACAAAUGGAAAAAGACAUCCAAGAGCACAAGUUUAUAGAAGCCGGCCAGUACAAUGACAACUUAUACGGAACCAGUGUGCAGUCCGUGAGAUUUGUAGCAGAAAGGGGCAAACACUGUAUACUUGACGUAUCAGGAAAUGCUAUCAAGCGGUUACAAGUGGCCCAGCUGUAUCCCAUUGCCAUCUUCAUUAAACCCAAGUCUCUGGAACCUCUGAUGGAAAUGAAUAAGCGUCUAACAGAGGAACAAGCCAAGAAAACCUAUGACCGUGCAAUUAAGCUAGAACAAGAAUUUGGAGAAUAUUUUACAGCUAUCGUCCAAGGCGACACCCUAGAAGAUAUCUAUAACCAAUGCAAGCUUGUUAUCGAAGAGCAGUCUGGGCCUUUCAUCUGGAUUCCCUCAAAGGAGAAGUUAUAAAUUAGCUACUGCACCUCCAACAAUGACAGAAGAGCAUUUAGAAGAACAAAAUAUAUAUAAUAUACUACUUGGAGGCUUUUAUGUUUUUGUUGCAUUUAUGUUUUUGCAGUCAAUGUGAAUUCUUAUGAAUGUACAACACAAACUGUGUGAAGCCAUGAAGGAAAAGGAGGGGCCAAAGGGUGGGACAGAAAAGACGUUGCAGUACGCGGGGAAGGCUUUGGUUUGCUCAGAGUGCCAGGUGUAGGGACGAACCUCUGAUGGGCUCCAUGCCCAAGAGAUGGGCAGCCUCCUCACCCAGCAGGUGUCCAGAGCUGACUUAGCUGCUGAGCUCCCCGUGUUUUUGGCUUUAAAGAAAAGUUGCCAGCACUUGAACUUCACCAACCUUCCCAUUACCCACAUCUAUAACUGGUACACUUCAAAUUUUAGGACUAUGCACAGCCUUUGAUUUCUUUACAAGCAAAAGAAAGAAUGGGCGAGGGGAAGGAAAGGAGUCCCUUUGGAGACAGCAUAACAUUACUAUCAGGGAAGGAUGAGUGUGUAGUUUCUUUGCCUGGCAUCUACAAAGAUGAGCAUUUCAUAAAAUUCACAAGUGUGUGGAGGACUGACCUCAUUGGGAGGAGGGGAUUCCACCUGGGGUUAGCUUUAUGAUUGUUGAUUGUCUAUUUUGCCGUUUAUAAACUGAAAGA